GGCCAUUUCAUUCAGCCAGUCUUUUCUCGACCUCCCUGUCUUUUAACAACUUGCGUACUCUCUUUCCAAUGUAACCUUUUGAUCAUUGUCAUCUCUUGUACCCCUCAUAGUAGAUAUCGGUAUAUGAAAUAUUAGAACAGAGAUGAUCCCCCGAAGCUCCCGCCCUUAUCUUCUCGGCGCAUGCGUUGCCCUCGUUUUCAUCAUUCUAUUCUCUCUUCAAACUCGUCAAGAAUCACCAAAAUCCUCAACAUGGUUAGACUACUCAGAUAAGUCAUCAAUGUUGUCAGAUAGCCGCAACUACGUCUCCGCAACUUCCGAUAGGAACCUUAUACCGGCCGACACCAUUUCAGAAAUAGGCCGAGCCAGUAAUGCAACCCUUGGUUUCGAGAAAGUGGUGGUCAUAGGGCUGAGAGAACGUUCAGACAAAUGGGAUGCGAUGGUAUUAUCUGCCUCUCUGACCGGGUUUGAAGUAGAGUUUGCAGAUGGAAUUAAAGGCGAUGAGGUAGUUGAUAAGGCCAAGCCGCCGCCGGGACAUUUUUCAAAUGGAGGGGCGAUGGGUCCUUGGCGGGGUCACAUGAAUGUGAUACGAAGUAUCAUAGAGAGGAAACUCGCCUCGGCACUCAUUAUGGAAGACGAUGUCGACUGGGAUAUCCGGCUCCGAACCCAACUCCCCGAGUUCGCCAAGGGAAUCCGCACUCUAUCACGCAUGCCACAUUCUCAACGUCAACAUUCCCCCUACGGCGAUGACUGGGAUAUAUUGUGGCCAGGUCACUGUGGUGAUGAACUUCCCUCUGUUUUCCACAAAGGGGAAAAAGAUGAGCUCUACAGAAUUGACAAUGACGGAACUGUUGUCCCCAAAUCUUCUCAAUCAGGGCUUAAGACCCUCGCAAAUUAUCCCGCAAACACGCGUAUAGUUCAUAAAGCUGGCGCUCCUAAGUGCACAUUGGGAUAUGCAGUUUCAUACCGCGGAGCUCAGAAAAUCCUCAUGGCUCUUUCGGUAAAAGGCAGUAAUGAUCUUACUGGUGACAAUGCACUUGCAUCUCUUUGUCGUGAUGGUUACUUGGAUAUGAAAUGUUUUUCAGUAGAACCUCAAUUGUUCCAACAUCACAAACCGGCUGUAACGAAGAAUAAAGAUGGUGGUAUUAAUAGUGUGGGACAGAAGGAAGCCCAAGGUGCCGGGGAAAAGGAAAUUAAAAAUAUGAUCGUUUGGAGUGCAAGGUUAAAUUUGGAGCAUCUGAUUAUGGGGAAGAAGGAUUAUAUUAUUCAAGGGUGAGCUAUCACGAUCAUUUUGUCAUUUCUGGUAUGAAUAUGAAGGAUCGGAGCUUGAGGCGUUGGGACACAGAAUCAUUAUGUAGAACUGGGG